CUUCGUUCAAUCAGCAAACAGAAACUUGGAGAGGAGGAGCCUGGAGCAAUUUCGAGUCGAGAAUGCGAUGGUUUCUCUGCAUGAAAACGGGUAGAUCGGCCGGUGCGCGUAAGUCCGACAACCCCGGUUACCAAUCCGUAAGCGUUCAAGCUUCGCCAUCGUUCGCCUGGCUUUUAGUAAGCAGUCUCAGAGAGGUUGUCUUCUUGGGUUCAUUCUCCAACUCUCGCAUCCAUCUUUCUCUGUGAUCGCGACUCUUGUCUCUGCUCGGCCGCUUCCUCAUCUCCCUCUUCUGUGUGCUCCGGAGGAGGAAAUCGAGGUGUGGGUUACACAUUCCGGGGAAAAAUGCUGGACGACAGCUCUCAGUCGGUCCUCGGGGAGAUCGCCCCAGGAUCCCUGCCGCCGACCUCAUUCCAAUCCGCGAAGCUCCAGCCUUUCUGCGGCGAUGUCGAAGGUUGGGGCCCUUUGAGCCGGUUCAGAUUCGAUCUGACGCCAUGCUUCCUGGACUUGGGCGUCUCGUUGGUUGCCGUGUUCGGGUUGGUUUUGGGAAGCGGUGCUAUCUGGUUCCUCUUUAAGAAGCGCAUACCACAACCUGUGUCAAAGAAUUGGCAUUUCUAUGCUAAGCUGGUUGUUUUAUCCGCCUUGUUAUUUACUACCGCUCUACAAGCCGCAAUUCAAGCCGAAACCUACACCAACUGGCUUGCUGACUUCCGAUUCUGGAGUUCCGUCCUUGUCUUCGCCUCGCUAGGUGUUAUCUUCGCCGUACAGUACUAUGAACAUUGGCGCAGCAGACACGCAAACGGCGUUGUCCUCUUUUACUGGCUAUUCUUUGUUAUCGCAUACGCUGUCAAACUGCGGUCGCACGUAGCUCAGAAGUCCUACAUUGACUCUCUGCCAUACUUUGUCUGCGUUAACGUCAGUCUGGGCCUUGCGAUUCUGGAGUUCGCACUGGAGUAUUUGGUUCCGAAGAAGCAGAGUGCUUAUGAUGCCUUGGGUGACGAAGAUGAAUGUCCGUACGAGUAUGCGGACGUGUUUUCGGUUCUGACCUUCAGCUGGAUGACGCCUAUGAUGAAAUUCGGGUACAAGAACUUCUUGACGCAGGAUGACCUAUGGAAUCUUCGCCGACGGGAUACCACCCGUACCACUGGUAAUGCCUUGGAGGAGAAUUGGGAAUACGAACUGGAGAGAGAAAAGCCAUCUCUCUGGAUGGCACUAUUCAAAUCCUAUAGUGGUCCUUAUCUUCGUGGAGCAGUUAUCAAGUGCGGAAGUGAUAUUCUUGCCUUCGUCCAACCGCAACUCCUACGAAUACUGAUUGAUUUCAUCAACUCGUAUCGGACCCCUGAGCCGCAGCCGGUCAUUAGAGGGGUUGCUAUAUCUCUUGCCAUGUUUGUGGUCUCCGUGACCCAAACAUCAUGUCUUCAUCAGUAUUUCCAACGGGCAUUUGAUACCGGUAUGCGUGUCAAAUCCGGCCUUACUGCUAUGAUUUACGCCAAAUCUCUUAAGCUCUCAAGUGAGGGGCGCGCAUCGAAGACCACCGGCGACAUCGUUAACCACAUGGCUGUGGAUCAGCAGCGUCUAUCUGAUCUGACCCAGUUUGGUACGCAGCUUUGGUCUGCACCUUUUCAAAUCACUCUUUGUAUGAUCUCACUUUACCAAUUGGUUGGAGUGAGCAUGUUUGCUGGUAUCGCUGUCAUGAUCCUCAUGAUCCCGCUUAAUGGUGUCAUUGCGCGAAUGAUGAAGAGACUCCAACUUAUUCAGAUGAAGAACAAGGACGCAAGAUCCAGGCUAAUGACCGAAAUUCUAAACAACAUCAAGAGCAUCAAGCUUUACGCCUGGAACAAUGCGUUUAUGAACAAGCUGAGCCAUAUCCGUAAUGACUUGGAGUUGAAUACUCUUCGCAAAAUUGGAGCAACCCAGUCUGUUGCAAACUUCACCUGGCAGUCGACGCCAUUCCUCGUCUCAUGCUCCACGUUCACAGUCUUUGUUCUGAUUGAAGAUCGACCUCUGACAACGUCGAUUGUAUUCCCGGCUCUGACACUUUUCAACCUCCUCACAUUCCCACUUUCGAUCCUUCCCAUGGUUAUCACCGCAGUGAUUGAAGCAUCCGUAGCUGUUAAACGUUUGACAGAUUACUUGACUGCUGAAGAGCUCCAACGCGAUGCCGUGAAAUACGAAGACUCUGUCACCCAUAUUGGGGACGAGUCUGUCCGUAUUCGCGAGGCGGAUUUCUGUUGGAACAGGUACAAGGAUGAGACGGCACUGGAGCACAUCGAUCUGAGCUGCCGUAAGGGAGAGCUUAACUGCAUUGUUGGCCGUGUCGGCUCUGGGAAGUCAUCUCUUCUUCAGGCCCUCCUCGGUGACUUGUGGAAGAAAGAGGGAGAAGUCAUAGUUCGUGGACGCAUCGCAUACGUCGCCCAAGCCGCUUGGGUUAUGAAUGCUAGUGUUCGAGAGAACAUCGUGUUUGGUCAUCGCUGGGAUCCCCAAUUUUAUGACCUAACUGUAGAGGCAUGCGCUCUGGUCGACGACUUCAAGAACUUGCCCGAUGGCGACCAGACAGAGGUUGGAGAAAGGGGAAUUUCUCUUUCUGGAGGACAAAAAGCCAGAUUGACGCUCGCCAGAGCCGUAUACGCUCGUGCUGAUAUAUACCUUUUGGAUGAUGUUCUAUCCGCAGUAGACCAACAUGUUGGUCGCCAUCUGAUCAACCGUGUUCUUGGACGUAAUGGUAUUCUUAGCAGCAAGACGAGAAUUCUUGCCACAAAUGCUAUUCCUGUUUUGAAGGAGGCGGACUUCAUCGGUCUGCUCCGCGACAAAACAUUGAUCGAAAAGGGUACAUACGAGCAGCUGAUGGCCAUGAAGGGAGAGGUCGCCAACCUCGUUCGCACGACCAUGAACGAUUCGGACGACGAAGGCUCUGGUGCCGAAAGUCGUGGACUUGCUAGCCCUGAAAGCUCAGAAUCUGCGACUAUGAUCGAAGACCCUGACUCUGAAUACUCUGACAUGGACGAGGCUGAACAGCAGAUUGGCUCUCUUGCCCCAAUCAAGUCCGCUGCUGGUCGCAGAACGAGCACUGUCACACUGCGUCGCGCAAGCACCGUAAGCUGGCAAGGCCCUCGACGCAAGCUUGGGGACGAAGAAAAUAUUUUGAAGAGCAAACAGACCCAGGAGACCUCGCAACAAGGCAAAGUUAAAUGGAGCGUGUACGGUGAAUAUGCUAAGAACAGCAACUUAGUUGCUGUCGGUAUCUACCUCUUAACCCUGGUGGGUGCACAGACAGCACAGGUGGGAGGAAGUUACUGGCUUAAGCACUGGACCGAGAUGAGUGAAACGCAGGCAGGUUCGUCGGGUGCUGGCAAGUUCAUCGGUAUCUAUUUGGCUUUGGGUAUUGGGUCAUCUUUGUUGGUCAUUCUCCAAAAUCUGAUUUUGUGGAUCUUUUGUUCUAUCGAGGCAUCCCGGAAACUUCACGAGAGGAUGGCGUUCUCCAUCUUCCGUUCGCCGAUGCGCUUUUUCGAGACGACACCCUCUGGACGGGUCCUUAAUCGAUUUUCCAGUGACAUUUAUCGUAUCGACGAGGUCCUUGCCCGGACAUUCAAUAUGCUUUUUGGAAAUUCAGCUAAAGCAAUCUUUACGUUGAUUGUUAUUGCCACCUCAACGCCCCUAUUCUUGAUUCUUGUCCUUCCCCUGGGAUAUAUAUAUUUCAGCUACCAGAAAUACUACCUCCGCACCUCCCGUGAAUUAAAACGUCUUGAUAGCGUUACGCGGAGUCCCAUCUUCGCACACUUCCAGGAGUCACUUGGAGGCGUAUCUACGAUCAGGGCCUAUCGACAAGAGGAAAGAUUCAGCAUGGAGAAUGAGUGGCGUAUGGAUGCAAACCUCCGUGCCUACUUCCCCUCCAUCAGUGCCAACAGAUGGCUUGCGGUUCGCCUUGAGUUUAUCGGAUCCAUUAUUAUUCUGGCGUCUGCGCUGCUUUCGAUUGUCUCUGUAUCGACCGGUAGUAAGCUAUCUGCAGGAAUGGUCGGUUUGGCCAUGUCCUAUGCUCUCCAGAUCACUCAAUCUCUUAACUGGAUCGUGCGACAGACUGUCGAGGUUGAGACUAAUAUCGUGUCUGUCGAGCGUGUGCUCGAGUACGCUGCCCUGCCGAGCGAAGGGCCUGAGGUCGUCUUUAAGAACCGCCCAGCUAUCGGGUGGCCAGCGCAAGGCGCGGUGUCGUUCAAGAACUAUAGCACGCGCUACCGCGAAGGGCUUGAUUUGGUUCUCAAGGAUGUCGACCUAGAUAUCAAGCCUCAUGAGAAAAUUGGUGUUGUUGGGCGUACAGGAGCUGGAAAGAGCUCAUUGACACUGGCACUCUUCCGCAUCAUUGAGCCUACCAACGGUGGAAUUAGCAUUGAUAACCUCGAUAUUUCGAAAAUUGGUUUGUUCGACCUUCGGGGGCGUCUUGCCAUUAUUCCCCAGGAUCCUGCCAUGUUUGAAGGGACAGUGCGCGACAACCUGGACCCUCGCCAUGUGCAUGAUGAUACUGAACUGUGGAGCGUUCUUGAGCACGCACGGCUAAAGGACCAUGUUUCUCAAAUGGAGGGUCAGCUGGAUGCGCACAUUCAAGAAGGAGGCUCCAACCUCAGCCAAGGCCAGCGCCAGCUUGUUUCUCUCGCCCGAGCGCUCCUAACACCCAGUAACAUUCUCGUGCUUGACGAAGCAACGGCCGCCGUUGACGUUGAAACGGAUGCACUUCUUCAACGCACGUUGCGCUCGAGCAUCUUCCAAGACCGCACAAUCAUCACGAUCGCACACCGAAUCAACACGAUCAUCGACUCCAACAGGAUCGUGGUUCUCGAUAAGGGCCGCGUCGCCGAAUUUGACACGCCAGCGGCGCUGAUCAAGCAACGUGGAAAAUUCUACGACCUCGUCAAGGAAGCAGGUUUGCUUGAUAGUGACGGCAACGCCAUUAAUGUACAGUGACUGGGUUAAAUUUACAUUCCCUGCUGCUCUAUGGUUUCAGCCCAAGGCAGGAAGGAAUCGAAGGAACAACCAAAAGUGAAAAGAAACGGAAAAUUAUAAUAUAAAAGUUGAUGCUUCUGAUUUGUUAAACUAAUGUUUGGGUAGUGGGCGUUUUUUUUUUUUUUUUUUUUUUUGUUG